UUGACAGCUUAUAAUUUGCAAUAAUCUUUAUAAAUGAUAACGAAAAUAGUACUAUUAAAUUAUCCCUGGCGUAAUUAUGUCUAUUUCAAUAAUGGGUGAUUGUUGUUAACAAAGUGGUUUAUAAGAUUUUUAUUGAAGUAGUGAUUCUGUUGUCUGUGAUUAAUCCAAAACAUGGAUCGACAGGGGAGCAAUAAGACAAAGGCCAAAAAUUGGUUACACCGCUUCCUAAAGAUAAAAAAUCGCUUCCAGGAGCGAUCAUCAAUGUCAGACUUUGACUCUGACGUUUAUAAAAAACAGGGAUUCGAAAACUCUGAGUCGAAAUCCCACAGGAACAGUUUUCGGAGAAGUCUCAAAAAGAUGCAUACCCGAGUGAAAAGCUGCAUGUUUUCUCAGGAAAGUACAACUGCAAAACGUCCAAUGACCAUUAGUGAACUUCCCUGCACCUCAAGAAUUCUAGAACCCACAAUUCCCGUUGCUGAAAUCUACGAACAUUCAAAUUGUGCACUUCUGAGAAGUUCUACGCCACCGCCGAUUCCCGAACGUACGCGGCCUGUGGAAGAGCCCCAACCCGAUUCGCCUCGCGAGUCGUCUCCUGUCGAAUUGCGCACCCACCGAAUACCCACUGACGAAAUAAUAAGUCUUUCAAACUGUUACUGGUACUGGGGGCCCAUGCCCACCGCCGAGGCCGAAGAAAAGUUGCAAUUUAAGCCCGAUGGCACGUUUCUAGUCCGCGAUUCGGCAUCAACCAAUUAUUUGUUUAGUAUUAGUUUUCGCAGUGUAGGAAAGACAAUGCAUGCUAGGAUUGAGUAUAGUCGCGGCAGGUACAACUUGUGCGGUACCUAUGCUGAGGGAUUUACAACUGUGACGGAGUUAAUACAAGAUGCGAUGAAAACGUCCGAAAAUGGAAUUUAUUGUUACUCGCGAAGAGGUGAACAAGCAUCCGAGUUUCCUGUUAGACUGACCAAACCAAUUUCAAGGUAUGAAGAAGUGAGGUCCCUUAAACAUUUGUGCAAAUUUGUUAUAAGGCAAUAUACUAAUAUGAAUGAUAUACCGAAAUUGCCUUUGCCGACUGUGCUUCAUGGCUAUUUGUUGGAAAAACCGUAUUUUUAAUUUCAUGCAAAUGUACUUAUUGUGUAAUUCAGAUUUUAUUCAGAUGUUUUCUAUUUUUCUUGGUUUUAACCGCUGAGCGGCUUUUUACAUUUAUAUCGCGAUAUUGCUCCGUCCGCUCUAAUGUAAUAAAACCAACCAAUUUUUAGUUAUAAACAAAUUAUUUAAGAAUUUUAUCAGCUGCAUUUUUAUGACGUUUGUUUUUUAGUACGAAUAGAAGCAAAACCGUAUCCUGUUGCAGUGUUUUAAAUUAUUAACAAAAAUCCUUUCAAAUCUGUUAACAACAGACUCAGUCUUUCUGGAUCACUUCGUAGGGACUGCUUAUCUCCGAAAAUGUGGUAUACAUUUACAAUUCCUGUGAAAUAAAUGAUGUUAUUAAUGACACACCUUCUUUAUUACACUGCAACACCUUACAGUACAUUUAUUAGUGCAAUUUUCUAAAAAACUUUAAUUCAAACAUUCAACCAUCUAUGUACGUGUUAUUUUUAUUAUUUAUAUUUUUAGAGGUCAUUAAUUCAAACAUAAUUACUUUUCCGCAAUUUUGUAUUCGUCGUUUACAAUUUUUUUUUAUAAUUAAAUUUUCGGACAGGUAGUACAUUUUUACGGUUUGGCUAGUCCUGUGAAUAAAAUAUAAUUAAAAUAGUUGUAGAUAUCCGUUUAUAAACAUGUACAAGUGGUUCAAAAGUAUUUCAAAUAUUUAUCAUCAGGAGAAAUGUCUAUUCUAUGUAAAGUAUAUCUAGAAUAUGAUUAUUACUUAGUCAGAAAAAUUAAAAGAUAUCCAAGUUAUUUUUCACUACUAAAAAUUUCUGAGUAAUAAUAAACAAAAUAGCUCAUUUGUUUCCAACACAUAAUAAAAUACAAUCACUUUAUGUAAUGAACAUGGAUGAAAAAGUACUAAAGUAUACCUAGACUUUAAUUAUUGCUUAAUUAUUUAAAGAAACUUAUCUAAGUACAUUAUUUUUUUAUAUAAUUUUGUCGUUUGGGGAAUAAAUUAACAAGGAGAAAAAAAUAGAUCAAUUACAAAUCUCCUAUAUUUUAUUAUAAGUGAACAAAUGUUUCAAUUGUACGGCAGAAAUCAGUUAGUCAGAGAAAGGAUUAAAAUUAUUUAAAAUAGCUAGCAAAAAAUUGAAUUCAAAGAUUUUUGUUCUUCUAGGCCGAUAUGAAAUAAUCCAUCGUAUGUACCACGGGCAUUAUUAGGCAUUAAAAGCCCUCCGGUUAGUAGAAAGCUUUUUUAAAUUAUACCGAAAUAACCUGACCUGCUAUUAUAUUUUUGACGUAUUUAAAAAUAUUGUUUUUUUUAAUUGUUUUAUUGCACAAUAUAUUAAAAAUCUGUUGUAGUGAAGCAGAAACGUACGAUGUACAGAACUGUUAUAAGGACAAAUGUCCAAGUUCAAUCAAACCUUGUACGUUUUUAACUUAUAUAUCAUCACUAGCGAACAGCUUAUUGUGAGAAAUUAUUUUUAUCAAUCUGAUAAAACCGUUUGUAUUUUAUCCAGUAUUGUGCAAGUAUCAACUGCAGUUAUCAGAAUUAAAUAAUGAAUCAUUUUUGCAAGUAAAUUGUUGAUUAGUUUGAGAAAACAAAAAAAAAAUUACUCGGAAAUUUGAAACGUUUAAGCUUGCACAAAGCUUCUUGUUACAUAGGUUUUAGUUUUUGAACCGUUUGUACAUUAUCUUUUGUAUUAAUUUAGUUAUUAUUGUGUUAAAUAAUGAUUAGGUUUGUUUGAAAUUUUUUAUUUGACUGAAUUUAUAAUCGUUGUUAUUCCUAUUACUCACAUGAUUUGCCAAUAACCUUCUCAAAUGUAUAUAUUAGAGAGAAAAUAUACAUGUUAUAAUUUUGUCAAAUAGGUAUAUUUAAUUAUAUUUUGGUAUUUUGCGAAUCACGGAGUAAUACGUGAACUGAAAAUACAUGAUCAAUGAGUCAAAAUAUUUGUUAUAGAUUUAACUAAGAUAUUUAAAUUUGUAAUAUAAAUAAAACAUAGCAAAUGUU